AGUUAAUGAACAAGGUUUGUCUCAAUUACCUUGAGUGUUUUAUCACUAUCAGAUGAUGGGAGAUACUGGUAGAAAAUUAUUCGAAAAAUUACCUUUCGAAAUUAAAGAUAUCGAUGCAACAAAAUUGGCUGAAGCUGGAAUUCCUGAUGCUCCACAAUAUCGCGGAGUUCUAGUAGGACCAAACAAGUAUUUCCUACAUCCCAGCUACAAGGAAUUUGGAUUGGAUAUUUAUAAUUGGGAGGCUAGAUCCGAUGAUGUAUAUUUAUUAGGAUACCACAGAUCAGGAACCACUCUUCAUGCUGAGCUGAUUUGGCUCAUCGCCAAUAACCUUGAUUUUGAAAAAGCUUCCAUUGAAUUGUUGGAUUUCCGCUUCAGACAUAUAGAUGGUCAACUCAACAAUGUCCUCUUAGGAUCUGAGCAGAAGAUGGGGAGGGCAGAUCUAACUUCUGAUCUCAAAGAUAUCGCAGAAAAAUAUAAACAACAAAUCGGGGAAGUGGAGGGAAGGAGAUUCAUCAAAUGCCAUCUGCCUAUAAGUUUGAACUCACCUCAUAUAUUCGAUGUUGGAAGUAAGGUUAUUUACGUCGCAAGGAAUCCAAAAGAUGUUAUAGUAUCGAUGUACCAUAUCUGCUGCUUCUUUUUUCAAGACAUGGAGAAGAUUCCAUUCGAGAUGUUUUUCAAGGCAUUCAAGUCGAAUAUGAUUAUUUGUCUUCCGUACUUCGAACACGUGAAAGAGGCUUGGAGAAGAAGAAAUGAAAAGAACUUUCUGUUCCUGUUUUAUGAAGACACUAUGAAGGACAAACGAGGUGCGAUUACCAAGAUAGCGGAAUUCCUGGAAAAACCUCUGACAGCUGAACAAGUAGACGCUUUAGAGGAUCACUUGAGUUUUGAGAAAUUCAAGAAGAACAAAUCAGUGAACAUGGACCACUUCGUGGAUAUGGGCAUUGGACGUAAAAAAGAGGCUUUCAUAAGGAAAGGUCAAUCUGGAGGAUGGAGGGACUAUUUUUCAGGAGAUUUGGAGAGGGAAGUCGAUGAAUGGAUUGAAGAAAACUUGAGAGGAACUGAUCUCCGGUUCAGGGAAACGUGAAUUGAUUGUUAUCUGAAGUAUUUAGAAACUAUGAAACUUCAUAAAUGAAGAACAAUAUCGAUGAAGAGUAUAUUUUUGAGAUUUCCACAGGCCUCAUAAAACUUGAUAAAACCCAAUUAUACAUUUAAUUUUCACACAAGAUAUCAUUUUUCGCUAUGACUAUAACGAUCGAUGACUUACGGGCAAAUGGGAAAGAAUAGGAAAAAGAACGAAUCAUAUAGUAUAAUUUAGUGUUUCCAUUUAUCAUUCAUUUGUACUCCUUGAUUCGAAACGAUUUCAUCACUAAAAGACUUCAACCAUUAAAAAUAUAUGAAGUAGGUAAAUAGAUAGUAACAAUGAAAUAAUAACAUUUGAACGUUCAUUUUCUCAUCACACAAAACCAAAAACGUAGUGUCAAUCUUGUCUGACAGUUCAAAUAUACCAACUUUGGGAGAAGAAAUUCAGCGUGUUUUAACUCCUAAUAGAGAAUGAAGCUGAUUCCAUAGGCAUUUGGAUGUCGUAAUGACUACAUUAAACACGCGGAAUAUAAUAGUAUAUUGUGUAUCUAUAGUGCGUGAAGUCUUCACGGACGUGGUGCACACUAUACUCUUUCUACGACCUUUUACUUAGAGAUUGAAUUAAAGGAAAAUUUGACUAAUUUUCUUUAUUAUAAUAAUAAUUAUUGUUAUAUUGCAAUUUUGUAAAUUGUCAAAAUGUACAUUUACUUUGUCUUUCUCUACAAAAUUAGUGCUGCUUGUACUGUUGGUAUUGACAAUAUAACUACGAUUAUUCUCAGUUGUUAAGAUUUUAUUGCAGACAUCUAUCUUUUUAGUUAGGGAUUCUUCCACGUAGGCUUCUGCCACUGAGGAUGAUUUCCAGCCGCCGUGUUUUUUUAGCGUUAGGAGAUCUCCUCCACCUUCGACUAAUAAAGACGCAGAUGAACGCCGUAGGAUGUGCCCGGUAAAUUCGUUGGGAUUGGGGAGUUUCCAAAAUGUGGCAACUUCGGAAGGGACUUUUCCUAUCUUAUUUAUACCAAUCACUUGCCGAUUACAUUCCCCUCGUUGAUAAUUAAUAAAGAAUUUAUUUUCGGCAUAAUCCUUGGGACGAAGAGCCACGUAUUUGUGAUAUAUGUCCAAGUAUUCAGUAACAGUAAAUUUUCUAGAAACCUUAGUCUUCGUAUCAUUAACUGACACAAUAAGAACUGUUCCCAAAUUUUGGAUGUCAUCCAUUUUUAAUUUAUGGAGCUCAUCUCUGCGCAGGGCUCCAGCUACCCCAAACAACAAAAUAAGCUAAAAAUUUAAAGAUUAGUAUUUAUCGAUAUUUAUACAAAUGGACUUACUUUGGUUAAUA